GACGUAUUGCGCUUCCCCGCCUCCGCUGUCGCACGCGCCCAGAAGAGCACCAACACUGAGCCCCGCCGUGCUGAAGCUGUUUGAAAGGCGCUGUUUGUCAAUCGCCUCUUUUUAUUUCCUCAAGGCCAACCCCGCCAGAAAUCCCUUUCGGUUUUUUUUUUUCAAGGCCAUACAUCCUCCCUACUCAUCUCGAUUCAAGAAUGGCAGACAAAGAGCCGACGCCCGUCGAGGAGGCUGCUGCUCGCGCGAAGGAGCAGGCCGAGCAGGACGAACUCCCGUACAAGUGGACCCAGACUAUCGGCGACCUUGACGUCGUCAUCAAGCUCCCCGAGGGCUCGGCCAACUACAAAGGAAAGGACCUCAAGGUCGAACUCAAGAAGCAGCAUCUCUACGCCGGCGUCAAGGGGGCGGACCCGAUCAUAAAUGGAGACCUGCCCCAUGCAAUCCGCGUCGACGAGUCGACGUGGACCCUGACCCCAAACUCGGACGGCACCAAGAACAUCGAGAUCCACUUGGACAAGAUCAACAAGAUGGAGUGGUGGGCACACGUCGUCACCGACGCCCCCAAGAUCGAUGUUACCAAGAUAAACCCGGAGAACUCCAAGCUGUCGGACCUUGACGGCGAGACCAGAGGUAUGGUCGAGAAGAUGAUGUACGACCAGCACCAGAAGGAGCUUGGCAAGCCGACGUCGGACGAGCAAAAGAAGAUGGACAUUCUCAAGAAGUUCCAGGAGCAGCAUCCUGAGAUGGACUUUAGCAAAGCAAAGAUUCAGUAACGCGAACUCGUUUCCGUGAUCAUGUUCAAGCGUUCGGAUCGUUUAGUGGUGUUCACUGGAUGGGAAUCCCAAUUUGGGCCGUGGGUACAACGAGGUUCACGGUGAGAGGAUGGGAAUAAUACUCUAAUUGCUUUCCUGGUCCAAAUCGGAUCAUUGCUUUG